CAUUGCUCAACACGUGGGGGGAAGAUGCUCUAAGCCCAAAUAUUUGCGAGUAGAAGUUUUGGGAGUUUAUCAACUGAACAGCCCCCGUUUUCUCUUUGACAAGGAGAUAGUUUUUUAUCACAAAACAUUCUCAAGAGAGAACAAUCCACCACUCGACAAAAUCGAUCAAUUAGAUGAGUUUGUUGCAGUCAAUGUGAACGCCACGUGUGUUUCCGCGUGUGCUUGAUACAUCGCGUAUUACUUUAUCUUCUAUCAGCUACUGUUGCAUGGUUCAUCUGCUAAAACUGCACCAAGUGAUUAACUUGUCUCAAAGGUGUUUUUUCCAACUCGUGAUUCCACCUCAACGAUGUCAGCUGAGUUCAUGUCGCUUUAACAAACAUCGACACACGUGUUCGCUCAAUGCUCUCAGAACUGGUGUAGGAAAACGCACGAGACUUGACAACAACACGGUUACCGGAGGACCGACUCUCACACAGGCCUGAUGGAGUUUGAAGAGAACGGUAUCGGGGAGGAGUGUGGGGUUUUCGGCUGUGUGGCGGCGGGAGAGUGGCCCACGCAGCUGGAGGUGGCUCAGGUCUUAACUCUGGGACUGGUGGCGCUACAGCACAGGGGUCAGGAAAGUGCCGGGUUUGUCACAAGUAAUGGAGCCAGUCCGCCUACAUACACGGCCCACAAGGGAAUGGGAUUAGUGAGCACUGCUUUUCCUCCAGAGGCUCUCCUGAAACUGCGCUCUGGUAACCUCGGUAUUUGUCACACACGCUAUUCAACUACUGGGUUCUCAGAGCUGCAGAACUGCCAGCCCUUUGUGGUGGAUACACUGCAUGGCAAGAUUGCAGUAGCACACAAUGGAGAGCUGGUUAAUGCUCUGGCCCUGCGCAGAAAGGUAAUGCGUCAUGGUGUGGGCCUCUCCACCAGCUCAGACAGUGAGCUCAUCACCCAGCUGCUGGCACUGACUCCACCUAUGGAGGAGCGUGACGCUCCGAACUGGGUCGCCAGAAUUAAAAAUCUGAUGACGGAGACCCCUACAUCGUACUCACUGCUGGUGAUGUACAAAGAUGUUAUCUAUGCGGUGCGUGACCCUUACGGAAAUCGCCCCCUCUGCAUUGGACGGGUUGUUCCUGUCUCUAAACUGCACACUUCAGGUGCGGGAGAGGAGGACACUGAGGGCUGGGUUGUGUCAUCAGAGUCCUGCAGCUUCCAGUCCAUAGGGGCCAAGUAUUACAGAGAGGUCUUACCAGGAGAGAUAGUGCAGAUAUCCAAACACGGAGUCAAGUCUCUGAGUGUCGUCCCGCGCCCUGAGGGAGACCCCCCCGCCUUCUGCAUAUUUGAAUAUGUUUACUUUGCCAGACCGGACUCUAUUUUUGAAGGGCAGAUGGUGUACACUGUCAGACAGCGCUGUGGUCGGCAGUUAGCCAUCGAGGCUCCAACAGACGCAGACGUGGUCAGCACUGUGCCAGAGUCCGCAACCCCUGCCGCACUGGGCUACGCUCAGCAGUCUGGGCUGCCAUACAUAGAGGUUCUGUGUAAGAACCGCUAUGUCGGGAGAACGUUUAUUCAACCAAAUACCCGCUUGAGGCAGCUAGGAGUUGCCAAGAAGUUUGGGGCUUUGACCGAUAAUUUCGCUGGGAAGCGGGUGGUGCUCAUUGACGACUCCAUUGUGAGGGGCAACACCAUCUCCCCCAUCAUAAAACUGCUGAAGGAAGCCGGUGCAACUGAGGUUCACAUCAGGGUUGCCUCCCCGCCGAUCAGAUACCCCUGCUACAUGGGCAUCAAUAUUCCCACCAAGGAGGAGCUCAUCGCUAACAGGCCCGAGUUUCAGGACAUUGCCGGAUAUAUUGGUGCUGCCAGUGUUAAGUAUCUUACCGUGGAGGGCCUGGUGUCAGCCGUUCAAGAGGGAAUCGCCUCCCUGAAGGAGAAGGACGAGAUGAUCACCACCAGCAACACGUCCGGCAAGAGAGUGGGCCACUGCACUGCCUGUCUGACUGGGAAAUACCCGGUGGAGUUGGAGUGGUAACGCCAUGACGGCGAGCUACAGCAGCAGAUCCCACUGCAGAUGCAUGUAAAUGAAAUGUUCUCUGUGGACUGGAGAAGUGGUCCAGGAUUUGAAUACCACUUUAUGGGACACUAAAAGAUGUAUUACAAACGGGGUAGUCUUUCUCCAGAGUAUCAUUGUCCUGCUUAGAUGCUGUCAUCUCCAGCAAUAAUUGGGAUGUUUUGAGGUGAGAUUGUAUGAGUUACUUAAACAUGGUUUGUGAAUUUCCUGCCAGCAUUCAGCAUACCCAGAACUUGGAAAAUGAAAUGUACUGAUGUGAACAGGGACAGCAGCCAAAGGUAUUCAAAACACCUAAAACCUGUUGUCAAUGUAGUCUGGUGGCUUUAAAGCAAGCAAAAACACAUGACUGCAUGAAACGGCUUUGUU